CUGGUGGAAGGAGAAGGCUUUCGUGAAAUGGUUUCUACAUUCCAUCCUGGAUAUAUCCUUCCUUCAAGAACCUACUUUACUGGAUUAAUGGAGCAAAAAUAUGAAAAAACCUGUCAAAGUUAAGGAAACUAUUCAGGAAGGAAGAAGCUUCAUUGCACUGACCACUGACAUCUGGACUAGCCUUGCAACAGAAACAUACCUUGGUGUCACAUGCCACUUUAGAACUGAAGACUGGAACAUGAAGAGUCUCACUCUUGCAACCAUGCCUCUUGAGGAACGACAUACUGGUGUCAACAUAGCCACAUGGCUGGAAGAGGUUGUCACAAAAUUCAACAUUUCCCUAGACAGCAUUAAAGCGGUUGUUCAUGACAAUGGAUCAAAUGUUGUGGCUGCACUGAAAUUGCUUGCUGAGAAACAUAAUUGGGUCUCCGUCCGCUGUACUGGACACACACUUCAGCUUGUCGUGAACCAUUCCCUCAAAGAGACCAGCAUUAGCAAAGCUUUGGGAGCUGCAAGGACCUUGGUUGAACAUUUUAGAAGAAGUGAACUGGCCAAUACUAAGCUGAAAGAAAAGCAGCAGCAGAUGAACACACCAGAGCAUAAGCUGAUACAAGACGUCGCAACCCAGUGGAAUAGCACCUACUUAAUGCUGGAGAGACUGCUGGAGCAGCGCUGGCCUUUUACUGCCCCACUUUCGGAUCCUGAAGUGACACCAAGGGGAAAACAUUACUUUGAUUUGAAGCCUGAUCAGUGGUCAUUACUUGAUGAGCUAACCCAGGGCCUGCAGCCUUUUCAAUGUGCCACUGAGUUUCUUAGUGGCCCAGAAUACACAGCAUUGUCGUGCCUUCUUCAGCUUGCAAAAGGGCUACAGAGGUCUGUUCUACAAUCCCUGAUCUUCGAAACUACUCCUGGAAAAGCUUUUUUAGCCAAAGCUUCUAAAGAGUUAGAAGAAAGAUGGGGGGAUAUCAGCACUUUCCUCAAGGAGAAAGAUAACACCAUUCUUCUGUCAGCAGCCCUAGAUCCAAGAUUUUGAAAACUCAAGUUUAUGCCUGUUGAACAGAGGAUAGAGGUUAAAAGCACUGUUGAGGUCCUUUCUAUUAAAGCAGGAAAAGAGUUCUGGGAAUG